AUGGUAAAGUUGAACGAAGUAUCACCUAUGAAUUACAACAAUACGAUUAUUCGUGAUCCUCAAUCAAGUAGCAUCAAUAUAGAUCAGACUUCAACAACUCAACCACGAACAUUGUUGGAACAAAGUCGAACAAAAAAAUGGAUGUGGAUUGUGCUGCCUAUUCUGGUUAUUAUUUUGAUUAUACUAAUGAUUAUUGGUCCCAUAAUUAUUAUCACAAAGAGACAUGGAGAUGUAGAAAAAACAUCAUCAACAACAGCAGCAACAACAACAACAAUAAUAACAGCAACAACAACAGCAACAAUGACAACAACAACAACAACAACAAUGAGACUAACGACGAGAACAACGACGAGAUCAACAACGAGAAGAACAACGUCAACAACGACCGGUUCAUGUUUGGUAGAUUCUGUGCUAGCAAGUUUCAAGCCUUCAACUAUUUCGCUCGACUCUAUAUUAUUAGCAGAUGUCAAUGAAGAUGAUAAAUUGGAUAUCAUUGUCGGAAGCCGUCCUGAGAAAACUAUUAUGAUAUUCUUAAAUCUUGGCAAUGGAACAUUUACUCAAUCGAAAACGGUUUCACAUGGAAUCGAACCGUCACGUAUAACUACAGGUGAUAUCAAUAAUGAUGGCAAGCUCGAUAUUAUUGCUACUAGUAUAGAUGCACCGGAGAUCACUAUCUUUUAUAACACCGGCAAUGGCAACUUUAACAAUUCGACGAUCAUUCUAAUAGAUGAAAUGCUACUUGAUGUAAAAGCAGUUGAUAUCAAUAAAGACAAUAAACUUGAUCUUAUUGCCACCUGUUCGUUCGAUGAAUGUAUUUUCGUUUUUUUGAAUGAUGGUAAUGGUGUAUUUAGUAAACAAAUCAGGUAUGAACCUACUUAUUUUCCACUCACUCUGGAAGUAAUCGAUGUGAAUAAUGAUGCUCUGCCUGAUAUUAUUACAACACAUGAUUAUGUUAAAAUGACUGUGCUUUUAAAUACCGAUAAUGGUAAUUUUAUCGAGCAAAAGUCUACUUCGAUUGGCCUGAAAUCUCGAUAUAUUAAAGCUAUUGAUAUAAAUCAUGAUAAUAAAAUAGAUUUAAUCGUAGGAUAUGACUAUUAUUUUCAGAUACAUUUCGGUUUUGGCAAUAGUACAUUUGCUGAUCCAAUUGACUAUCACAGUAAUUAUCAAUUGACAUCUUUAGAAACAGCCGAUUUCAACAAUGACAAUAAAAUGGAUAUUAUUCUCUCACAUGGUUACAGCAAUAAAACUAGUAUUCUUUUCAAUACAGAUAAUGGAACAUUUGGAGAACAAAAAGUUAUUAGCAACAUUGACCAACCAAAUUAUGCAACGAUGAUUGAUAUUAAUAGUGAUGGUAAAGCAACACUUCUUGUCGCAAACGAUCAAACUAUCAGAAUACUUUACCUUCUCUGUUAG